AUGGCUUCAAAUGAAAUUGAUCCCACUAAUGGCGCAAAUGGGAGCCAUGAACCUGAUGUUUCACUAGAUGAAAUAAGGGCAAGACUUGACGUUUUACGAAAUGACCCCAUAUUCGAAGAUGCCACAAUGCCUCCACGACAACAAUUGCCUGCUAGAAAAGAAAGUGCUCGUCGUUGCCGUGUAAGCCUUGAAAAUGCAUUCAUAUUCUUAGCUAACAGAGCUACUACUCCCUCUGCUGGGCAAUCUGCAUUUGACCGAUUUGAUCGCCAUAGGCCACCCACUUAUGAUGGUGCAGCUGACCCUAUGGCUCUAGAAGAUUGGUUAAGGGAAAUGGAGAAACUCUCUAGGCGACUAAUUAUCCCGUUGCUGAGAUGGUACCUAUUGGGACAAACAGGAAGAGUUCCUAUCUUUGACUCAAGGAACAUGAAUAUCCAAAAGUAUACCGACCACUUUACUGAGCUGUCUAAGUUUGUCGGUACUGUCAUUCCCACGGAAGCCGAGAGAGUUAAGAGGUACAUAAAGAAGAUGGAUCCUAGAGUAAGGACCCUUGUGCUGUAUUUGGGAGUUACUACUUUCCAGGGUGCUUAUGAAAUGGCCCUGAGUGUCCAUGCUUCAAUAAAGGAGGAAGAAACUGCUAAGGCCGCAUCUGUGAGGAAGCAUGUCCCUUCUUUUUCUCCUGGUCCGGCUAAGAAGUCGAGGUUCGAACCGAAUUUUCGUGGUGGAUAUCAACGUUCCAGUUCGAGGCCGAGUUUUGAUCCGUCCAAGCGUCGGAGGUGUGAGAAGCCUAAUCAUCCGGGAAAAGACUGUGAUGGAUCUACCAUUGUUUGCUUCUACUGUAGGGAGGUGGGUCGUCACAAGACUUAUGAGUGCCCUAAGAAUCCGAGAGCUACAGCCAGACCUCCUGCUCCUCCUAGUCAUUCUACUCCACCGAAGAAUCGAGUUUAUAGCUUGACUCAUUCUGACGCCGAUGUCCAUCCCGACGUCAUCUCUGGUACCUUUCUUGUUAAUUUUGUUUCUGCCUUCGUGUUGUCUUAUUCUGGUGCUACAGUGUCGUGUGUGUCUAACUCAUUUGUUAAAAAAGCUAACCUAUCUUUAAGUUCUCCUCUUCGAACUCUUAUAUCUCUUCCUUCUAGUGAGAACUAUCCAUGUUAUGUUGAGUACCGUGAUGUGACUAUUUCCUUGUUGGGUACUAAUCUUCCUGCGGAUCUUAAGGAAUUUUCCACGACUGAGUUCGAUGUCAUUCUGGGUAUGGAUUGGUUGUCUAAGUAUCAUGCCCAUAUGCAUUGUCGUGAUCAAAAAGUGACUCUUCGUAGUCCGUGUAGCAAGCGUAUCUCCUAUAGUGGAGUAGUGUUGAAGAAAGGGGUAAAGAUCGUGUCUGCUCUCAAAAUGCCGAAACUUCGUCAGAAUGGGGAACACGUGUUCCUUUGUAUGGUCAAAGAUUUGACUCAAGAAGUGAAGCUAGAGGAUAUCCUCGUUGUUCUUGAGUAUCCGGACGUCUUCCCUGAUGAGUUACUAGGUAUCCCUCCUGAAAGAGAUGUCGAGUUUAGCAUUAACCUCACUCCUGGUACUGCUCCUCUAUCUAAGUCCCCGUAUAGAAUAGCGCCUGCUGAGUUGCAAGAGUUGAAGACUCAGUUGCAAGAACUGAUUAAUAAGGGAUUCAUUAGGCCAAGUGUCUCACCGUGGGGUGCUCCUAAUCUGUUCGUCGGGAAGAAAGAUGGGAGUAUGCGGCUUUGUAUUGAUUACCGUGAACUGAAUAAGGUGACUAUCAAGAAUAGAUAUCCUUUCCCCCGCAUCGAGGAUCUGUUUGAUCAGCUGAAGGGUGUUGGGGUUUUCUCUAAGGUAGAUUUGAGGUUGGGUUAUCAUCAUCAGAUUCCGGUGAAGAAGGAAGAUAUUCCUAAGACCGUUUUCCGUACAAGAUAUGGGCAUUAUGAGUUCGUUGUUAUGCCCUUUGGUCUUACAAAUGCUCCUGUUGUAUUCAUGGACCAGAUGAACCGCUCUUUCCAUGAGUUCUUGGAUACGUGCCAUGUCAUCAACAAAGAUGGUGUUAUGGUGGACCCUUCCAAGAUUAAAGCUGUGGUGGAUUGGGAAAGUCCUAAGAAUGUUUCUGAGAUUCGAAGUUCCUAG